AGAGCUUGUCGGUGCGCGCUUGUGUAUCGCAUACGAAGAAUGCUGCUGCAAAGAAAAACUGAACUCAAACUGAAGUUGUGGCGACGAUCGAGACGACGACGACGACGACGACGACAGCGAUCCAAAAGGCAGCUGCCCAUAAGCCAAACGCGACUCCAGCAUUGCACACGCGCUCAUCUUCGACUGUCGCUGACAAUAGAAGGAAAUUAAGCCGCAGUCACAUUUGUUAUUGUUGUUGCUGCUGCUGCUGCUGCUGCUGCAAGGCAGGUACACAAAAGGAAAAGCCGACACACGAUCCCGAUCACGAUCCUUGUUUUUAUUGACACACGUACUGAACGCACUUGUCAUCGCCAGCAAUUGUAGAAUUUUAUUAACUAGCUGACGCCAUGAGCACCAGCUCCAAUGAUGAAUAGCUGUCGGAUUAACUCGGCUGUGGCAGCUCCGAAGGAAAAACGAUUUUCUAUUGAAAACUCUUCUAGCGUACUUUGAAUAGCGACCAUCUCAACUACAUAUGUACAUAUAAAAAAAAAAAAAACAAUCCCGAAACGGAAUAAAAAAUCGAAAGUGGGGAUCAUUGGCCAGCCGCAGGUUGUCGCCAGCGGACGUCAAACGGCAAUCGGAUUAAGCGUGAUGAGUGAUCAACUGCUGAGCGCUGCCGCGGACGAUCCACCAGCACUGAUACCCACGCCCGUGUCAUUGCCCAGCGCAUACAGUGUCGAUGCAGAGUCCACGGAGCAGCCGGUGCUGCUUGAGCUGGGCGCCGCACAGCCGGCGGCGGCGGCGAUAGCGAGUCUUAAUUAUACCCUGGCACCAGAUGGAGGAGGUCUGCUCACCUAUACGGCCCCACAUGCGCACAACCUUAACUAUUCGCCCACAUUCUCAUCCGGCUAUGAUAAGCAGCCGCAUCCUCAGCACAAUCUCAGCCUGAUAGCGCCUGGUAUGGGCAGCGCGGCUUACAGCAUCAGCAUACCACAGACAGUGUCCAUGUGGCAUGGUGGCUGUGCGCCCAUUAUUGAACCCAAACGCAGUGAACUGGUCGCUGUGCCACCGCCCACAUAUAUGACCUAUAGCGGUGGCGGAAGCGGCGGUGCCGUGGAAGUGGAGAUCGCCAAGGAACAGAAUCCGGCAUGGCGCGAAAAGGCGUUGCAAAUGGAGAAGGACUAUAGGCGCACGGCCUGUGAUCGGGAGCGUACGCGUAUGCGCGAUAUGAAUAAAGCCUUUGAUCUGCUGCGCUCCAAGCUACCCAUAUCGAAGCCCAAUGGCAAGAAGUACUCCAAAAUCGAAAGCCUGCGCAUCGCCAUCAACUAUAUUAAUCAUCUGCAGGCCAUGCUGCGGGAGAAUCAUGUUCUGCCCGAAACAGAAUUGGUUUCCUUCAAGUGCAGCAGCCGCUCCAUGCAGUACGAUGGCCAAGGCCAGCACCACAAUCACUCCGCCAGCUACGAAUAUGAGAACAGCGCCUCGGCGGCAACGUCCUCUCAAAAUGGUUGCAAUUGGAGCGGGGGCAGCAGCAGUUCACCCAACUAUGAAACCAAUUCCAAGGAUCAUUGGAACACGUAGUGUUCGUAGGUCAGCAGGAUUAAUGUGCAAUUGCCAAAGAAAGUUUCGGAUUUCAAAGUUUUCAUAGACGAACCUUUUUUGGUUUUUUAGAUAUCGCAUACCAGUGUACUAUGGUUAAUUUUACCUCUUUUUCCAGUAUAAGACAAAAUAAAUUUUAUUCUCGAUAAAGCUAAAUGCAACAGGCGACCUGUCAACAUUGGGGGUAUCCGUAUUAUUUGUUCAGCUUGGCUAUUGUAGUCUUAAGCUAAGUUCACAAACCUUUGAUUUUUAGAAAAUAAUAAAAAAAGAAAACUAAACAAUAAAAGAAUAAUAAUAAUAAAGACAUAUAAAUGGGUCCACCAUUUUCUAUUAUCAAGAACAAUAUUUAUUUAAGCGUUUCAAAAUUUAAUCUUAAAAUUGUAUAGCAUCUAAAAAUUUAACACUGACGGUGUUUAUGAUUUUGUGUUAAAAAAUAGGGAUAAAAAAAGGGCCAUAAAAACCAAUUAAUCCAGAAUAAGAUUCUAAAAUGCUGCAAAAAAAUAAUAUCACUAUAAACUAGUUUUGAAACCUAACCUCAAAAAUGUUAUCUGAAUUCUUUUUGAUACAGUUUUGAGGAUAAUAUUUAAAAUAAAGCCAAGUUCGCGGAACUCGUGAUUACAGGAUAUGCCGUAAGAAAGCUCCUUAAAUAAAUCAUACUUUAAAACAUUUAAAUAAAGCCACUGCUUUUGACUUUUUAGGUUAUAUUUAUUUAACGGUACAUUAUUAACAUUUUACGGUUGAUAAUUUACAUAAGUUUGAAUAAAGAAAUGACUGUUUCGACUGUUUAACCUAAAAAGUACAACAAACACAAAAGAUAUAACAAAUUAUUAUAGUUGAUAAUGGAAUUACUGAACUGCAUUUAAAAGUAAUAAGUUUGUAAUACUUAUUUAUAUGUAUAGCUUGCGGUAAACACAAAGCCAACUAUACAUUGCUCACACACGCAUACACACAAUUUGUCCGGUAAUGAAUUGAAUUUAGAACAGGAUUUCGUUUUGAAGUUGACUCUUCGCAACAUAAAUGGGGCGAGAUAACAAAGAUGGGGAAGGUUUUAAACCCCGCGUUUUGUGCGGUUUUUCUAGCACGUGAUUAAUUGUCCUUCUUCAUUCGCGUGGAGGUCAUGCGGUAAAUGAUGGAGUCCCUCCCGGGAUCCAUUGCUCCAAUAGCAUAGCAGAUAGCCAGCAGGGACAGGCCGAAGAUAACCAUGAACCAUAGGAUAAUAUUGAAAAUUACGGGAUAGUCUUCGUUGUAGUACUCGGCCAAGUUGAAGGGGUUUGUAUCAUCGGCUUGGAGAGUGUCACGCUUUGAGCGUGAGUUGGCAUCCUUGUCUGUGGAUAGUACAAAGAGCACCGAGUCGCUGGACUUUUGGGCGGCAGCCAGAAGACGACCAAUGGCAGCAGAGAUCAGCUUGUUGGCCUCAUCUACAGCAACGGACUUCUCUCCAUGCGCCUUAGCAAUGCCAUCGACCGACAGGCGUAUAAUCAAUACAUUCGAGGGCUUGAGCAUCUCCGCCAAGUUCUCGGAAGCGGCAUUAAUGAAGCCAAUUUCCUGCAAGAACUGUUUAUCAGCAUUGUGCAACGCGGGAUUCAGGUGCUUGGUGGGCUUGGCAGCGGGCGACUCAAAUUCACCAAAACAGGCCUUGAAUGCUUGCACCUUUAGGAAAAUGAAAUUUGAUGGAUUAAGCCUGGUUUGGGCACAUUAGGCAAAAACCACUUACGCCCUCGUCGUACUGGUCGAAGUUAAUAUCGCAGACUGGCUCAUUGGCUGCCUCCAGCUCGGCGGCCAAUGCAUUCAGUGAUUGUCCAGUAUUGGAUCCAACCAACUCGUAGGACUUGGCAUUGCCUGCCGACGUCACAUGGCUAAGACCCUCCACAUGCACGGCGAUUACGCCCUUGGCCAGGUUGAAGGGAUCGUUGAUGGUCAGGCCGCUCCAGUCACUGUCGCCAACGACGGCAUUGCCCAUGGCAGCAUAUAAAACAUCGCCGACAUAGCGACUGUUCAGUGGAUCAUUGCCCUUGAAGCUAAUCGCCUUUGGACAGUUCAGUACGGUGAACUCGCCAGCGGCGUGAACUG